AUGAAAAGUUAUAAACAUGCUUGGACAUAUGAUGAUUCAAAUUAUAAAGCAUGGAAUACUUAUACUGCACUUAAUUAUGAUGCUAAUCUUGAUGCAUUUAAUGAUACUUAUCAAAUAUUAAUAGCAAAAAUGAUACGUUGUACAAUACCAGCUGUAAAAAGUUUAUUUAAAUCUAUUGUACUUUCAAAAGCGAAACAUUAUUUACAAUAUACUCUUC